GUCUGUGCUUACACACUGCGUCGGGUGACGUGGUGACGCUACCGUAACGGUUGGAGUGCGGCUCAGAGCGAGGAAGCGAGCGCGCUCUAUUUCCGCUGCAGCAGCGCGAGACGGGCACGUCAAAAAGAAUAGAACAGAGGCGAGAGAGAGAGAGAGAGAGAGGGAUCAUGUGGACGGUUCGGACGAACUGAGGCCUGUGACGGACCGCCCGAUGACGAACACCGUGUUCUGUGAGCUCGGUCACCAGGCAGCUGUUGACUUUUAAACUUCACGUAAGAAAAUACUUGAGUUUUAAGGGUCGUUUCGAGGUUAACUCGACAACCCCCCCCCUCCACCCGGCCCCCCUUGUGCUUUGAGGAAGCAGCUAGGCUAGCCAGCUGAGUUAGCCCCGUUAGCUCGUCAGAGAUGGGAGCCAGAGCGAGUCGUCUGCAAGAAGAGCCGGUUGCCUCGCCUUACGGCAAAGAUGGCCCGAAGCGGGACUCCUACCGGCGGCCCCGCUGCGCAAGGCCCACCAGCCUCAUGGUCGAAUUCUCGGCGAGCUUCGAGGACGCGGAGGCCAACCGGAGCCGAUCGGAGGAGGGCAGCGACUCGGACCCCGGGCAGCAGGGGGCCAGCGCCGACGACGGGAGCCCCGGCGACCCUCGGAGCAUCCCCUCCAGCAUCGGACCCGCGUCCCCCGCCGACGACAACUGCAGCGAGGGGAAACCCGAGGAGGACGGAGAAGAGGCAAUCAGCCCGGAGGCCCCCCCGGCAGCUGCGGCUGCGGCAGCGGAGCAGGAGCAUCCCGCCGGGGAGGAGACAGGCCGCACGCCCCACCGCACUUUUUCCGAGCGGCUGCCCGGGAAUCGGCACUCCUCCGCCCGCAGCGUGGGGGCAAGAUCCGCCCGGGUCCGCAACACACACCAGCGGCCGGUGUCCGAGGCUUGGAUCGGCCUGUACCGUGUUAACAACCGACAUGGCAAUAUCCGCUGUCCUUUCUGCUCCAAGCCCUUCCCGGGGGGCCGGAUCGAGGACCACCUGUUGAGCUGCCUCACGUCUCCGCCGCUGCCGUACAACACGGACGUGCUCAGUAAGGACAGCGGAGAGUGCUCCAUCUGUUUGGAGGAUCUGGCACAGGGGGAGACCAUCGCCAGGCUGGCUUGCCUCUGCGUCUACCACAAGAGCUGCAUCGAUUCCUGGUGCAAAGUGAAGCCCUGCUGCCCCGAGCAUCCCUUUGACUGACGGGUCACACGUAUUCUGCACAGCAACCAACCCAAACUCAGGAGACUACACUGAAUCCCAAUAAAUUCCCAAUAAAAAUGUGUAAUUGAACAAAGAGAAGCCCACUUUCCUCCUCAGACAGACCUUUAUCUUUGAGGGGGGGGGGGGGGGGGGCACAUACGAUCCAAAGAUGAAGCUCCAGUUGGCAACGCUCCCCCUGUUGGAUUGGUCCAUUUUGACCAUUUCACAACGGACUACCACAAAAACAGCUGCUCCGUCUCCAUCUAAUCUCUGGAACACGAGUGGAGAAGCUUUCCUUCUUAUGUGUCGGAUAUAUAAUAUAAUAUAAUAUAUAUAUAUUAUAUUAUAUCUCCAUUUUCCCAAUGCAUUUUCAUCCCAGAAAGCUCUUGGACCUGGAGAGGAAGACCAAAAAAGGUUAAUUGUGACUCCGCCUCCCCUCCUGUGUACUCGGUCUCCUUCCAACCGGCUUUCGGUCGUUUUAUCAAGUCUUUUGCAGAACGACUAUUGUUCCUCGUCGUCCAUCGGAUGAAUGUUUUCCUUCCUCGGCGAUCCCCAAAAUGAACCGUAACGCCGUUGCUUUGUUUUGAACCAGCUGGAGGUCGAGGACUUUCUUUUUGGUGAACGUGGGGGGCCUUUUAUUUUUCAAUAUAUAUCACCGGUUAACAUUUCAGGGGGAGUUUGGGGGGGGGGGAUAAUUGUUUUCAGUUUCACGUGGUCAGUUGGCGCUGAGUUUAAUGUGCUGCUACGUGCCGAGUGUGUCGUUGGUAUUUCAGAGCGAUGGCAGCGCUGCCGGUUUCACCCAUUUCAGCACUUUUGCCCCUUUUUUGUGCAGAUUUUUUAAAUUUUUAUUUAAUAUUUUUUUUCCUACAUAAGGUUGUAUGUGUGCUAGUUGUCAAACUGUGUGUGUGUGCGCUGUAAUAAUUGCCUGGUCUGGCGGGUCAGUUUUAAUUCGUAAAGCUAGUUUUUAACGGCACGUGGCAGCGGCACGCGUCGCCGUGGCAGCGGCUCGCGUCGCCGUGGCAGCGGCUCACACGGCCCCCUUCCUUCCUACCCUUUUUGUUGCUAUGUUUCGGACCUUCUCCUCCCUCGUUCUCAAACGCCCUGGGGUGGGGGUGGGGGUGGGGAUGGGAGGGGGGACUUUUGGGCUGGAUCCCCAGCGAUAGUUUUGCCAUCUGCUUUCAGUGGUGGCAGAUUGUGGAGGGAUGUACUUUUGGGGCAUGUUUGUGGCAUGUGGCAUCUGCUUCUCUCCCCAAACACUGGAGGCGACGGACAGCUGAUGAUGAAUUAUUACAAAACCAGCCCCCCCCUUUCCCCCUUCUUUACAAAUGAGUUGAUAGGAUUUUUUAAAUAUUUAAUCAUUGCUAAAUCUGUUCAAUAGCUUUUCCAGCCUGGUGACUGGGUUCUUGUGCAAGCAGGUAUUUGUUUUUAUUUUUUUAGGGCUGAUGCUCUCGGUCUAGUUUGUUCGCCCCCCCCCCUCCCUGGUCCCUGGUGUUCUGCACCCUGAGGUGCUAUGACUCUUCUGGCCACUAGAGGGCAGACCUGUGCACGAUUUGUUGUGAUGGAUGCGUAAAGAAAACUAAUGCCAAAAGUCUGUGUGUGUGAGUUUGGGAGCAUAAUGUGAGAGAGUGGAGUUCAUUAGAGGUUACAUUUGUUGUGGUGUAAAGUUAUGAUGUUGCAUACUUUGGCUGGGAGGGGUGUGUGUGCGGG